GUCGUCAUUGGUGGCCGCAACAAAUACAUGAUCAAUGGCACAACAGUUCAAAACAGUCGAGUCCAGGAUUUCUUCCGUUCUGUUCAACUAAAUGUUAAUAAUCCUCACUUCCUUAUCAUGCAAGGUCGUAUCACAAAGGUUUUGAACAUGAAACCACCUGAGAUUUUGGCAAUGAUUGAAGAAGCAGCUGGUACAAGGAUGUACGAGUCAAAGAAGCAGCAGGCUCAGAAGACCAUUGAAAAGAAGGAUGCUAAACUUAAGGAAAUAAAUGAUAUCUUGGAAGAAGAAAUCACGCCAACACUGAGUAAACUGAAAGAGGAGCGAACGAUGUACCUUGAGUUCCAGAAAGUUCAGCGAGAGUUGGAACAUUUGACUAAGCUCUAUAUAGCUUAUAAAUUUGUUACUGCUCAGGAAACUAGUGAGAAAGCGCGUGAGGAGCAUCAAAAUGUAAAAAAUCAGAUAAAUGAUCUUCAGGAAAAAAUUAGUAAUGGUGCUCGUGAAGUGAAAGAACUUGAGAAUCACAUCAUCCAGCUACAGCAGAUUCGUGAUAAUGAAACUGGUGGGCGUCUGCAAGAAUUAGAGAAGAUUCUUAAAGAAACUGAAAAAGGUGAGGUGAAGAUGUCAGUUGCUCUGAAGAAUCUCAAGGAGACACUGAAAGCUGAAGAGAAAAAGAAGAAACAGUUGGAAAAAUCUGUGGCAGAUGAUAGCAAAACACUGGAAAACAAAAAGAAGGAGGCCAGUAAGAUGCAGAGUAUGUUCGACACAAUGCGUGCACAGGAUCAAGCAGACAAUGAUGCUUUGGUUGCAGCAGAGAAAAGAUUGCAAGCUAUUAGCUCGGGCAUGUACUCGUCAGGAGAUGGAGAAGAUGCAACUCUCCAAGAACAACUUAUAAACACUAAGGCUAGUAUCACAAAGGCCAAAACGGAUACUAAGACAGCCGAGAUGAAGCUGAAACACAGCAAAGAGAUGCUGAAGAAGAAGGAGCAGGAAAUGAAGCGUACAGCCUCAGAGUACACCAGAGAUAAAGCCCUUCUUGAUAGGAUGGAAAAGGAAGUUCAUAAUUUAGAGAUUCAAAUGGGAAAAUUAGGCUAUGAUGACAAGAGGGUUGAAGAAUUGGAGGACAUGAGACGAACUCUCAACAACGAGGUGCUGACAUUGCAGGAUCAGGUGGAACGUCUUGAAAGCAGGUAUCCACAGCUGUGCUUCAACUAUAAGGAUCCUGAGAAGAACUUUGAUCGAUCCACUGUGAAAGGUUUGGUGUGCAAGUUGAUCAAGUUGAAGGAUCCUGCAACUGCGACAGCAUUGGAAGUCACAGCGGGAGGAAAGCUAUACAACGUGAUUGUGGAUUCGGAAGUAACAGGCAAGAAGCUUCUCACGAGGGGUCAACUUCAAACCCGUGUUACUAUUAUUCCUUUAAACAAGGUGUCAGCGAGGUCCAUUGACAAUAAUACUGUCAAUUAUGCUGAACAGUUGGUUGGCCCAGACAACAUUAAGACUGCCCUUUCUUUGGUAUUCUAUGAUAGAGAACUGCAAAAAGCCAUGGAGUUUGUGUUUGGAACAAGUUUUGUCUGCCCUGAUAUGAAUGUUGCGAAGAGGGUCACUUUCGAUCAGAAUAUAAUGAGGAAAACUGUCACACUAGAUGGCGAUGUGUGUGACCCAGCUGGUACCCUUACUGGAGGUGCAAGACGACAAGGUAGCAGUAUACUGGCGCAGCUAGAUGCAGCCUGGGAAUUCCAAGAAAAGUUGAACCAGAAGUCGCAAGAGCUGCAGAAUGUAGAGCAGGAACUCAGAAAGCUUCAGACAAAUGCAGAAAAAUAUAAUUCAGUAAAGCAGCAGCAUUCUAUGAAAUCUCACGAGCUGAACAUGUGCCGCCAGCGACUCCAGCAGAGUCAGCAUUAUCAGCAGCAAGAGGAAGUCACUGCUCUUGAGAACACCAUGAAGGAGUGCAUUGAAACCUUGGAGCGAUGUAAGAAAGUUGAUGUUGAAGGGGCUGAGAAGGUAAAGGAAAUUGAGGACAAGAUAAAGAAUUCUAAGGCUCUUAAGGAGAAGGAAUUGAAGGCAGCCAAAACAGAGUUAGAAAAAUGCCAGAAGAAGGCUGAGGAAACAAGGAGUAAAUGGAACACCAAGAAACAGGAAGAAGAAAGUGUCAAAUUAGAAAUAUGUGAGUUGGAGCAGAGCAUUGAAACUACCAAAACACAGAUUUUGACAUCAGCAGAGGUCAUCAAACAGUAUGAAACACAAUUGGCAACACUAGAGGAAGAUGUAAAUGUUGAAAAGAAAAAGGUAGCAGAAGCCCAGGCUAAUGUUAAAAGCCAAAAGGAGCUGCUGAGUGGGCAAAACAAAGAGAUAAAUGCAAUGGCCGCAAAGAAAGAACAGAUCAUUAAGAGCAGUGAUGAAGCUCAGCUGGAGAUCAAGCAGUUGGAUCAUAAAUUGUCAAAGUUCAAGUCCGAGGCCAAGGAAGCAGAAAACCGGGUUGCAAACAUGCUUGCGGAGCAUGAAUGGAUUUCUGAUGAUCGUAAAUUCUUUGGUCAGCCAAAUACUAGCUAUGAUUUUGCAGCCAAUGACCCUGUUGAAGCUGGUCGAAAAAUUACUAAGUUAGAAGAAACAAAGGCAAAGCUUUCAAAGAAUGUCAAUUUUAGAGCUAUGAACAUGUUGGGAAAAGCCGAAGAACAGUAUAAUGACCUGAUGCGUAAGAAACGCAUUGUUGAGAAUGAUAAAGCUAAAAUUGAAAAGGUCAUUCGGGAAUUAGAUGAGAAAAAGAAGGAAGCCCUGCGUCAGGCGUGGGAGCAAGUGAAUCGUGACUUUGGUUCAAUCUUCAGCAUGCUUUUACCAGGUACACAGGCUAAGCUUCAGCCACCUGAGGGUCAAGAUGUUCUUGAUGGAUUGGAGGUCAAAGUUGCAUUCGGUGAUGUGUGGAAAGAGAGCUUGACAGAGUUGAGUGGUGGACAGCGUUCUCUUGUAGCCCUCUCUUUAAUUUUGGCUUUGCUGCUAUUCAAACCAGCUCCUAUUUAUAUCCUUGAUGAAGUAGAUGCAGCUUUGGAUCUUUCUCAUACCCAGAACAUAGGAAAUAUGCUCCGCACACAUUUCAAACAUUCACAGUUUAUUGUUGUAUCUCUGAAGGAUGGCAUGUUCAAUAAUGCCAACGUCCUCUUCAAGACCAAGUUUGUUGAUGGUAUGUCGACUGUCACACGGCAUACUCAGGUGGUUUCUGGAAUGUCAAAGAAGCGAUGAAUAGGUUGACGUAGUUCAAAUGUUAAAACAGUCUUCUUUUCCUGUCCCUAAAACAUUUCAGUUUAGUGUAGAAAUAAAUUUUUAUACUUG